AUGAAGACCCAGGAGGCUGGAGGACUAAAUGAAUUUGAAGAGCAGGUGUGUUCAAGCAAGCGUCCUGAGAGCACCGGAGGAAAGACAGCUGGGUCAGAGAAUGCAGUGUUUGUAGUUAAAAUUUUUGGUGUGGAACCAUUCUGGGUGAUGACAAGUUUCAGGAUGUACCCUGGCAGUGUGGGGAAGUCUAAGUGGAGUGGAGCUUCCUGCAUGAAGUGCCCCUUGGACAGGGCUUAUUUAAUUAAACUUUCUGGUUUGAACAAGAAGAUGUAUCAGAGUUGUCUUAAAUCUUUUGAGUGUUUACUGGGCCUGAAUUCGAAUAUUGGAAUAAGAGACCUAGCUGUACAGUUUAGCUGUACAGAAGCAGUGAACAUGGCUUCAAAGAUACUGCAAAGCUGUGAGUCCAGUCUUCCACAAACACAGCAAGUGGAUCUUGACUUAUCCAGGCCGCUUUUGACCACUGCUGCACUACUUUCAGCAUGCAAGAUUCUAAAGCUAAAGGUGGACAAAAAUAAAAUGGCAGCCACAUCCGGUGUAAAAAAAGCCACGUUCGAUCGACUCCGUAAACAGUUAGAGAAGAUUGGGCAGCAGAUCGACAGAGAGCCUGGAGAUUCAGCUACUCCACCAUGGAAGAAAAAGAAGACAGUGGUUGAACCUUCAGCAACGGAAAUAGAGAAUGUAGUAGAGAUCCCACAUAAACCGCAAAAAGAUGAAGAUCUGACACAGGAUAAUGAACAGUGGAAAAGGAAAAUUUUGGAAAAUGCUGCCAAAGCACUAAAGGCUACAACAGAGUGA